AUGGAUUUCCCCAGCCCGGACCUCAUCCAGAACAUCAUUGAGGUCAAUAGACAACCAGGAAGCGGUUCAUCUGAUCACCUAGUAGAGCCUGAACCAGUAGAGCCUGAACCAGCAGAGCCUGAACCAGCAGAGCUUGAACUAUUAGAACCUGAACCAGGAGAGCCUGAAGCAGCAGAGCUGGAACCACUAGAGCCUGAACCUGCAGAGUCUGAACCAGUAGAGACCGAACCUUCAGGGGAGACUGAACCAGUACAGCCUGAACUAGCAGAGCCUGAACCGAUAGAGCCUGAACCAGUAGAGUCUGAACCAGCAGCACCGGAAGAACCUGAACCAGCAGAGCCUGAGGCAGUAGCAGAGCCUGAUACGGUAGAGCCAGAACCAGUAGAGUCUGAACGAGCAGAGCCUGGGGAGGCUGAACCAUCAGAGCCUGUAGAGCCUGAACCAUUAGGGGAGCCUGAACGAGCAGAUUCUGAACCCGCAGAGCCUGAACCCACAGAGCCUGAACCAGCAGAGAGAGAACCAGUAGAGCAUGAAGAAACUGAACCAGCAGAGCCUGAAGAGCCUGAACCAGCAAAGCCUGAGCCAGUAGAAGAGCUUGAACCAGCAGAGCCUGAAGCCGUAGAGCCUGAACCUUCAGGGAAACCUGAACCAGUAAAGCCAGAACCAGCAGAUGAAGAACCAGUAGAGCCUGAACCAUCAGAGCCUGAACAUGCAACGCCUGAAGAACCUAAACCACCAGAACCAGAAGAGCCUGAACCGUCAGGGGAGCCUGAACGAGCAGAGCUUGAAUCCGCAGAGCCUGAACCUGCACAUCCUGAACCCACAAAACCUGAACCAGCAGAACCUGAACCAGCCGAGAGAGUACCAGCAGAACAUGAAAAAACUGAAUUAGCAAGGCCUGAACCAGCAGAGCCUGAAGAGCCUGAACCAGCAGAGCCUGAGCCAGUAAAAGAGCCUGAACCAUUAGAGCCUGAACCAUUAGAGCCUGAGCCUACACAGCCUGAACCAGUAGAGCCUGAAGCAGCAGAGCCUGAACCAGCAAAGGCAGAACAAAUAGCAGACCACGAAGAACCUAAACCAGCAGAUAGUGGUGUGCCUGAACCAGCAGAGCCUGAGCCAGUAGAGCCUGCACCCGCAGAUUCUGAACCAGCAGAUUCUGAAGCAGCAGACCCUGAACCAGCAGAGCCUGGGGAGCCUGAACCAGCAGAGCCUGAACCAGCAGAACCUGAACCAGUAGAGCCUGAACCAGUAGAGUCUGAACCAGCAGCACCGGAAGAAUCUGAUCCAGAAGAGCCUGAGCCAGUAGAAAAGCCUGAGCCAGCAGAACUUGAACCAGCAGAGAGAGAACCAGCAGAGCAUGAAGAAACAGAACUAGCAGGGCCUGAAGCAGCAGAGCCUGAAGCAGCAGAGCCUGAACAACUAGCAGAGCAUGAAAAACCUAAACCAGCAGAACCUGGGCCUGCAGAACCUGAACCAGCUGAGCCUGAACCCGCAGAACCUAAACUAUUAGAGCCUGAACCAGCAGAACCUGAGCCAGUAGAGCCUGCACCAGGAGAGCCUGAACCAGAAGAGCCUGAACUGGUAGAGCCUGAACCAGGAGAGUCUGGACCAGCAGCACCGGAAGAACCUGACCCAGCAGAGCCUGAGCCAGUAGAAGAGCCUGAACCAGCAGAGCCUGAACCAGUAGCGCCGGAACCUUCAGGAGAGUCUGAGCUAGUAGAGCCUGAAACAGAAGUGCCUGAGCCAGUAGAGCCUGCACACGCAGAUUCUGAACCAGCAGAGCCUGAAGCAGCAGAUCCUGAAAUAGCAGAGCCUGGGGAGCCUGAACCAGCAGAGCCUGAACCAGGAGAGUCUGAACCAGCAGCACUGGAAAAAUCUGAUCCAGCAGAGCCUGAGCCAGUAGAAAAGCCUGAAACAGCAGAGCCUGAAGAACCUAAACCAGCAGAAUCUGAACCAGCUGAGCCUGAACCUGCAGAACCUAAACUAUUAGAGCCUGAACCAGCAGAGCCUGAGCCAGUAGAGCCUGCACCCGCAGAUUCUGAACCAGCAGAGCCUGAAGCAGCAGAUCCUGAGAUAGCAGAGCCGGGGGAGCCUGAACCAGCAGAGCCUGAACCAGGAGAGCCUGAACCAGAAGAGCCUGAACUGGUAGAGCCUGAACCAGGAGAGUCUGGUCCAGCAGCACCAGAAGAACCUGAUCCAGCAGAGCCUGAGCCAGUAGAAGAGCCUGAACCAGCAGAGCCGGAACCUUCAGGAGAGUCUGAGCUAGUAGAGCCUGAAACAGAAGUGCCUGAGCCAGUAGAGCCAGCACACGCAGAUUCUGAACCAGCAGAGGCUGAAGCAGCAGAUCCUGAAAUAGCAGAGCCUGGGGAGCCUGAACCAGCAGAGCCUGAACCAGCAGAACCUGAACCAGGAGAGCCUAAACCAGUAGAGUCUGAACCAGCAGCACCGGAAAAAUCUGAUCCAGCAGAGCCUGAGCCAGUAGAAAAGUCUGAAACAGCAGAGCCUGAACCGGUAGAGCCUGAACCAGUAGAGUCUGAACAUUCAGGGAAGACAGAACCAGCAGAGCCUGAUCCUGCACUGCCUGAACCCACAAAGCCUGAGCCAGCAGAACCUGAACCAGCAGAAAGAGAACCAGCAGAGCAUGAAGAAACAGAACUAGCAGGGCCUGAACCAGCAGAGCCUGGAGAGCCUGAACCAGCAGAGCCUGAGCUAGUAGAAGAGCCUGAACCAUUAGACCCUGAAGAAGCAGAGACAGAACAACUAGCAGAGCAUGAAGAACCUAAACCAGCAGAACCUGGGCCUGCAGAAUCUGAACCAGCUGAGUCUGAACCCGCAGAACCUAAACUAUUAGAGCCUGAACCAGCAGAGCCUGAGCCAGUAGAGCCUGCACCUGCAGAUUCUGAACCAGCAGAUCCUGAAAUAGCAGAGCCUGGGGAGCCUGAACCAGCAGAGCCUGAACCAGAAGAGCCUGAACUGGUAGAGCCUGAACCAGGAGAGUCUGGACCAUCAGGAGAGUCUGAGCUAGUGGAGCCUGAAACAGAAGCACCUGAACCAGCAGAGCCUGAGCCAGUAGAGCCUGCACACGCAGAUUCUGAACCAGCAGAGCCUGAAGCAGCAGAUCCUGAAAUAGCAGUGCCUGAACCAGAAGAGCCUGAACCAGCAGAACCUGAACCAGUAGAACCUGAACCAGGAGAGCCUGAACUGGAAGAGCCUGGACCAGGAGAGUCUGGACCAGCAGCACUGGAAGAACCUGAUCCAGCAGAGCCAGAACCAGUAGAAGAGCCUGAACCAGCAGAACCUGAACCAGUAGAGCCUGAACCAGGAGAGCCUGAACCAGUAGAGUCUGAACCAGCAGCACCGGAAGAAUCUGAUCCAGCAGAGCCUGAGCCAGUAGAAAAGCCUGAAACAGCAGAGCCUGAACCGGUAGAGCCUGAACCAGUAAAGUCUGAACAUUCAGGGAAGACAGAACCAGCAGAGCCUGAUCCUGCACUGCCUGAACCCACAAAGCCUGAGCCAGCAGAACCUGAACCAGCAGAGAGAGAACCAGCAGAGCAUGAAGAAACAGAACUAGCAGGGCCUGAACCAGCAGAGCCUGGAGAGCCUGAACCAGCAGAGCCUGAGCUAGUAGAAGAACCUGAACCAUUAGAGCCUGAACCAUUAGAGCCUGAGGCUACAGAGCCUGAACCAGCAGAGCCUGAAGAAGCAGAGACAGAACAACUAGCAGAGCAUGAAGAACCUAAACCAGCAGAACCUGGGCCGGCAGAAUCUGAACCAACUGAGUCUGAACCCGCAGAACCUAAACUAUUAGAGCCUGAACCAGCAGAGCCUGAGCCAGUAGAGCUUGCACCCGCAGAUUCUGAACCAGCAGAGCCUGAAGCAGCAGAUCCUGAAAUAGCAGAGCCUGGGGAGCCUGAACCAGCAGAGCCUGAACCAGCAGAAUCUGUUGAGCCUGAACCAGGAGAGCCUGAACCAGUAGAGCCAGAACCAGCACAGCCUGAGCCAGUAGAGCCUGAACACGAAGAUUCUGAACCAGCAGAGCCUGAACCAGCAGAUCCUGGGGAGCCUGAACCAGCAGAACCUGAACCAGGAGAGCCUGAACCAGAAGAGCCUGAACUGGUAGAUCCUCAACCAGGAGAGUCUGGACCAAGAGCACCGGAAGAACCUGAUCCAGCAGAGCCUGAGCCAGUAGAAGAGCCUGAACCAGCAGAGCCAGAACCUUCAGGAGAGUCGGAGCUAGUAGAGCCUGAACCAGCAGAGACUGAACCCGCAGUACUUGAACCAGUUGAGCCUGAACCAACAGAGCCUGAGCCAGCAAUGCCUAAUUCUGCAGAGUCUGAACUAGUAGAGCCUGAAACAGCAGAGACUGAACCAGUCGAGCCUGAACCAACAGAGCCUGAGCCAUCAGAGCCUGAGCCAUCAGAGCCUGCACCCGCAGAUUCUGAACCAGCAGAGCCUGAACCAGAAGAGCCUGAGCCAGCAAUGACUAAUUCUGCAGUCUGAACCAGCAGAGCCUGAACUAGCAGAGCCUGAACCAGCAAAGCCGGAACCAUCAGAUAAUGACCCGGCAGAGCCUGAUCCAGUAGAGCCUGAACCUUCAGGGGAGCCUGAACCAAUAGAGCCUGGGGAGCCUGAACCUCCACGGGAGCCUGAACAACCUAAGGAAAAACCUAGGAAGAAGAAGAAAUGUCAUAAGAAACAUAAGAAUUAACAUAAAAUUCAGUUAUUGUCCAAUGAAACUCAGACCUGUGCCCAAACCCCCCAAAAAUAUAUACAAUGUAAAAUCUUCCAAACAUUUAUUUGUCCAGACUUCCAUUGUGUUCUGAGGCCAUGGUAAGAGGCAGCUAAAUAGACUGUAGUUGAUGUGUUGUGAGAUGAGAGUUCCACUCUUCUAAUACAGUUUGAAACAAUAUACAGCAGAGGUGUCAAACUCAUUCCACAGAGGCCCUAGAGUCUGCAGGUUAGACAACCAGUGGAGGGGAGUUCCUUACUAAUUAUUGACCUUAUUUUAUCAAUUAAGUAC